GGAUAUUCUUACCUCAGGGUUCUAGAGGGAUAUUCUUACCUCUGGGUUCUAAAGGGAUAUUCUUACCUCGGGGUUCUAGAGGGAUAUUCUUACCUCUGGGUUCUAGAGGGAUAUUCUUACCUCGGGGUUCUAAAGGGAUAUUCUUACCUCGGGGUUCUAGAAGGUAAUUCUUACCUAGGGGUUCUAAAGGGUAACUCUUACCUCUGGGUUCUAGAAGGAUAUUCUUACCUCUGGGUUCUAGAGGGAUAUUCUUACCUCUGGGUUCUAGAGGGAUAUUCUUACCUCUGGGUUCUAGAGGGAUAUUCUUACCUCGGGGUUCUAAAGAGAUAUUCUUAACUCAGGGUUCUAGAAGGAUAUUCUUACCUCGGGGUUCUAAAGAGAUAUUCUUACCUCAGGGUUCUAGAAGGAUAUUCUUACCUAGGAAUUCUAAAGGGAUAUUCUUACCUCAGGGUUCUAAAGGGAUAUUCUUACCUCUGGGUUCUACAGGGAUAUUCUUACCUCAUGGCUCUAGAAGGAUAUUCUUACCUCAGGGUUCUAAAGUGUAAUUCUUACCUAGGGGUUCUAAAGGGAUAUUCUUACCUCAGGGUUCUAAAGGGAUAUUCUUACCUCGGGGUUCUACAGGGAUAUUCUUACCUCAUGGUUCUAGAAGGAUAUUCUUACCUCGGGGUUCUAAAGUGUAAUUCUUACCUCAGGGUUCUAGAGGGAUAUUCUUACCUCGGGGGUUCUAGAGGGAUAUUCUUACCUCGGGGUUCUACAGGGAUAUUCUUACCUCAUGGUUCUAGAAGGAUAUUCUUACCUCAGGGUUCUAAAGUGUAAUUCUUACCUCAGGGUUCUAGAGGGAUAUUCUUACCUCGGGGGUUCUACAGGGAUAUUCUUACCUCAGGGUUCUAGAGGGAUAUUCUUACCUAGGGGUUCUAAAGGGUAACUCUUAUCUCUGAGUUCUAGAAGGAUAUUCUUACCUCUGGGUUCUAGAGGGAUGUUCUUACCUCAGGGUUCUAGAGGGAUAUUCUUACCUCGGGGUUCUAGAGGGAUAUUCUUACCUCUGGGUUCUAGAGGGAUAUUCUUACCUCUGGGUUCUAAAGGGAUAUUCUUACCUCGGGGUUCUAAAGGGAUAUUCUUACCUCUGGGUUCUAGAGGGAUAUUCUUACCUCGGGGUUCUAGAGGGAUAUUCUUACCUCUGAGUUCUAGAGGGAUAUUCUUACCUCUGGGUUCUACAGGGAUAUUCUUACCUCAUGGUUCUAGAAGGAUAUUCUUACCUCAGGGUUCUAAAGUGUAAUUCUUACCUCAGGGUUCUAAAGGGAUAUCCUUACCUCGGGGGUUCUAAAGUGAUAUACUUACCUCGGGUUCUAAAGGGAUAUUCUUACAUUGGAGGUUCUAAAGGGAUAUUCUUACAUUGGGGGUUCUAAAGGGAUAUUCUUACCUCAGGGUUCUAGAAAGAUAUUCUUACCUCAGGGUUCUAAAGGGAUAUCCUUACCUCAGGGGUUCUAAAGUGAUAUGCUUACCUCGGGUUCUAUAGGGAUAUUCUUACAUUGGAGGUUCUAAAGGGAUACUCUUACCUCUGGGGUCUAAAGGGAUAUUGUAAGUGUCACCCAGUACUUCAGGGCAGAGGCAAGAAAAAAAGAGAGAAGAAGAGAGAAUCAAAGUGCAAA